UCCGGUGCUCGGGCGGCGGCGGCAGCUGGAUGCGGUGCGAAACCGAGUGUCCGCGGCGGCGCGUUUCAUCCUAGAGUACUACGCGGAGACUACGGGGAGAAGGCUUGCCGAUGUGCUACAGGUGGUCGCGGGUGGGCCUCGAGGCGCCUCCGGGGGGUGCUGGCGAUUGGUUCUCGGUCGAAGAGCCCACGGGGGUGGGCGAAGCUGUCCUGGACGCCCUGGAAUUGGCAGAGGACAAUGUCAAGGAAGUUUGCGCGUUUUUGGGCGAGACCCGGUCGGGCACUGUGUCGGUAACGAGGUCUGGCGACAGGGACCUAAGGAGAGGGUCGUCCGUCGCAUUGCUCUCUGGCACCGGGAGAAACGGGAGGGGUGGUAUUGGAGGGGGCGGCGGAGUUCGGCGCGAUAUCGAUCGCAUUUUUGAGAGCAGCGCGGCCGGCGGCGGUGCCAGAGGUCCCUUGGGUGGUGCUGUGAAAGUGUCCUUCGCGGCGGACGCGAUGCUCGCAGCGGUGUUCCGCGUGGCUCUCAAGGCGUUCGGGGAGCGGGCCCGGUUCCUCACCCUCCCCGGCCCUGCCUUCCGCCAGGUGCAGCUGGACGCCGACUUCCUUCGACAGGCUCUCCCGUUUUACGUGGCAGAGAGCAACAUGUUGUCGGCGUUGGAUAACCUUUUAGAUCAGGCGCUUCAAAGCGCGGCGGACCGCUCUCUAGACCCGACCCCGAUGGAUCCGGCUGCCGCUGGAGACAUCGUUGCGCAUGCCCUGGACGGAUUUAACUAGAAGGAAAGCCUCGCAACACGAUAUCUACACAUGGCUACACGCUGCUGCUGCUGCCGCUGCUGCUACUACUGUCAAGGCUACAGCAAGGAGACCCCCAUUGAUUGUCGUUACGUGCAUGGGGUUGACGAAAUCAACCGAAUCAGACAUUUCUCUGCUGCAUCGGAUGUCGGCUUCGCAAGGAUGGGCGGUAUUCUUGUCCUAACCCUGACCCUAUUUUACCCAAGCUACUCCUUUCAUCAUGUCAAUUUUUAACGACCCUUCAACAAGCGAUGUUUUGAUUGGCGGGUUGCAGACGUUGUUUGGCUGUGGAAGAAGCGGCAUAGCGCGGCAAUGGUAGUAGUGCACGCCUCCACUGGGGUCGGAAUGUUUUUUCCUUUGUUGUGAAACCGUUUGCUUUGCGCAUGGCAACAAUAUGCACAUCCAGGUCUUGCUUCCGUUGAUAUGCGCCGCGAAGGUAGUGUUGCUGCACGUGUUCAGUGUCGCUUGCCAAUUUCUGGCGGCCGAAAACGGCGGCAUGUAGGAGGAGGUUGUAUUUCGAGGUUUGGCAGACACAGACCAUUGUAGGCGCCUUAAGUUGGUGAAGAGCCAUGUUACGUUGAAAGAGUGUUUCGAGGUUAUGUGAUGGAUUGCAAAGGUUUGCUCCGGAGAGAGAAGAGCGAGGCAGGCCUCUCGUUGCAGGUCUCUUCGUGGGAAGGAGGCGUCACCCAGGAACCAAUUGAAGAUUGAUGAGCUGAUAUCCUGGCGUCGCACCUUUUGUACACGCAGCAGAGUAGCAUCCAGGUGCUGCGGACCAGGGCACGGAUUCAUUCCAAGUGUGGUGUCCCGAGUUGUCC